AUGAUGAUGCCGAACCAUUUGAUGAACUCGUACGCGGCCCCGGCAGCACAAACCUUCAUGUCUCACAUGAGCAAGGCCAUGGGACAUCCGGGACAGGCGAGUCCGUCUUACGCGUACCACGACCGGAACUUGGCCAGGGACGGACGCCGUCAGGAGGAGCCGUCGGAGCACCUGCAGGAUCAGAGACGUCAUCGGCCGUCGCCGCGUCAGCAGCAGAUGCCCGAUCGCAUUCGAUCCCCGAAUCGGAAACCCCGUGGAUCGCAUGGGAAAAAGAGCGACAAAAUAGUUUCCCAAGGCUCUCGGAAACUGGGUAGAGAUGACCAUUAUGAAGCCCGUUCUGACAAGAGCUACAGGAACGAUGGAUCCCGUAUUUCACCGGAGUUACCAAGCCAGUAUCGCAGGUGCAGCAGUGCCAGACCAAGUGAAGACCAACGUAGGAACACUCGCGAACGCUCACAGUGAAAGCAACGAAAGAAAAGCAUGCACACAUGUUUUCCUUGUGAAAUUUUGGCGACAAUUUUUUAGUCGCUUUUAUUUCUCACGACUUCGUGCCUUCAGAUACCGCA